AUGCUCAUUGUCGAGAACACAGCAGCUUCGGAAAAAGAAGAGCUCAGAACUCAGAUUCGCCCGAAACUUGCAAUGAUUCUCUCACGAAUGUCUUCCGUCGAAAUGUCAGUUUGCCGCCUCUUCCGAAGAUGGAUCGGAAGUCAUUACUUUUCAUUCCAAAUUGAUCCGCUUCUUUCGGACUUGUUGGUUUAUUCGGCGCUGAGGCACGACGCUGCUGGGCCACCUGGAAGCUUGAGAAAUGGAUUUUAUCGGCUCAUGAUCUUUUUAUCAACAUUUGACUUCAUUGACGAACCAAUUUUCAUCACUGGCGGCGUGGGAGAAGCAUCAGAAGAAGAAACAGAGAACGAAGAGCUCAACCAAAACUCUCUCCGCGAGUAUUUUAUGGAAAACCGCUCGACGAUCUUCGCAAAAAACGGAAUUAUUAUCUCAAGCAAGGCGGAUCAGAAUAGAAGUUUGAUUACACAAGAAGGUCCAUCGAAUGCGGUCGUCAAAAAAUUACAGAUGUUGGCGCUUGCUUCAAGAAAAAAGAUGGAAUCAGAUGUAUCCGCAAUGAAAUGUCAAGAUCUCUCCUCCCUCUUCAUCGGCUCAACAAAAUGGUUCGACGUUUUAGUAAAUUUGAAGCCAAUGAAGGAAGCUAAACUCAAGACCGCUGCGGAAACAUCAAAGAACAAGCACCGACUGGAAAUACCCGACUGGUCGCCAGUAAAACUCGUCUUUGACACCUAUUCUAGGGCACUCGGCCACAGCGCGCUUUUCUUUGCAGACGAACAUAAUCAGAAAGUAUUAGGUGUCAAGUUCCGAAAUGUUGGAGAACUCAAAGGACUGCAAGGAGAAUGUUUAGGUGGAAUGGCUCGAGAUGAGCUUUCAAAAAUGUAUUUGAACAAGGUUGGACUCGUGAAUGACAUGAAGAUUCUCGCUGAAAACGCGAUUGAGUCAAUUUCUGUGCAGAAGGAUAUUUGA